CUAAUGAUAAACAGAAGUCAAGCAUGUUCAAACCUAUUAUUAUUUUACAAGGGCAAAGUGUUUCAUGUUUUCUCCUUUGAUUUUGAUUAAAAACCCCCCUUUUAAAAUUAAUUCUGUGGUUCGCCUUUCCGAAGGCAUCCCUUCAUUACUAAAACGGCUAAACUUCUAGUUUUGAAGUACUUAUCUAGGUUAGCUUAAAAUGACUUCUAGUGAAACUCCAAAUUAUGUUAGGAGGAGGGCUAAAAGUGUAACAAGGGCAGAAGAAAUCAAAAGUUUUGAAGCUAAAAAAAGGAAGUCUCAACCAGAUAAACCAUGUCACAAGCCGAGAGAUUCGCUGUUCACCUGGUCGUCGGGGUUCAGCAACUUCACAGGGUUCGUCAACUGGGGAUUCCUCCUGCUGUUUAUGGGAGGAGUCCGCCUGCUGUUGGAGAAUCUAAUCAAGUAUGGCAUCAGAGUUGACCCUGAGCAAUGGUUCAUCGUGCUUACUGGCCGUCAGGAGGGCGGCCCCGAACACCCUUCCAUCAUCCUUAUCAUUUAUUCCGUUGUGCCUGUUAUUCUGUGCCUUUUAAUUGAAAAGGGUUUGGCAUCGGAGGUGAUUGCCGCAACCCCAGGUCUCAUCGCUCAUGUCAUCAACCUAGCUGCUCUGGUACUCCUGCCUAUGGUGGUCAUCCAUGUCAAUGCUGGAGGCUUCAGUUUAGUGGGGGCGACAACAGUGUGUUCUCUAUACUCCAUCUUGUUCCUGAAGCUGUGGUCGUACGUACAAGUCAACCUGUGGUGUCGUCACACACUUCACUCCUCCGGCAAGUCUCAGCUGAGGAGGCAGAGUCUCUCCGCCAGGAGUAACCUUAAUGCAUAUAAUCACAACAAUGACGAAGAAGACUUGGGAAGCAUAAGUUUAGUCGAGUACCCAAAUAAUCUCAACUUGAAGGAUCUUUUCUACUUCAUUGCAGCACCCACGUUGUGCUAUGAACUGAAUUUCCCCAGAACAGACAGGAUUAGAAAAAGAUUUCUGCUCAAGAGACUGUUUGAAGUGGUGAUGUUGUGCCAAGUGAUGCUGUCGCUGUUCCAGCAAUGGAUCGUACCUUCUGUUAAACACUCUCUCAUUCCGUUUUCUAAUAUGGAUGUUGCCAAGGCCACCGAAAGACUUCUGAAACUUGCGAUACCCAACCAUCUCCUGUGGCUAAUAUUCUUCUACCUAAUGUUCCACUCAUUUCUAAACCUGGUAGGCGAGGUUUUACAUUUUGCCGACCGCAACUUCUACAGUGACUGGUGGAACGCUAAUAACAUCGAUGUGUUCUGGAGAAGCUGGAACACUCCAGUUCAUCUUUGGGCCGUCAGACAUUUGUAUCUUCCUAUGGUCGGCCUGGGAUACAGCAAGAACAUUGCCAGCAUCAUGGUGUUUUUUACAAGUGCUUUCUUCCAUGAAUACUUGGUCAGCGUACCUUUGAGGACUUUCAAAAUCUGGGCCUUUCUAGGAAUGAUGGCACAGAUUCCACUGUCCAUUAUAUGUCGCAAGAUAGAAGUGAAGUAUGGAGCCAGGUGGGGAAAUAUCAUCGUAUGGUCGUCUCUCAUCGUAGGACAGCCGCUCUGCAUCAUGAUGUACUACCACGACUAUGUCAUUACCCACUUCGGCAAAGCUCUCUUGGAGUCUUACGCAAAACUGUAAUGUGAAACGGCUCACUUGUGUCAGCAAUAAAACGGAAACCGUCUAACAGACCUGCGUUGGAAAUAAGUUGUCAACACUCAAAGGUUUGAAAAUGUCACGAAGGUAAGCGAUAAGGGAAGAAGUGUUGGCAUAUUUUUUUUUUGUCUGUUGGCCGGUUUAUCUUAGUUGCGAUUAGAUACACUAUUUAGUUACCUGAUUUAGUGCAAUUUAUGCAACGGUGUAGUUUUAAUAUAUUAAAGUUUUGUAACGGUUUUGAAAUUCCAGCCGCAUCAUUGGCUAUCAACUCAAGACUGAAGACACAUUCCAAUAUAUAUAAAUAUGUUUAUGUAUCCACAGAACGUAGUUUAGUGAGUUUUCAGCAAUAAGUACGUUUUACGUGAUGAAAUCUUGCCAUUGCUGGAAAUUCAGGCUUUAAAAUCUGUGAUUUUCUCUUAGGAUUCAUGAUCAAAAGUAGACAUUCCUUUUGUGUACAUUUUCCUCAACUCUUACAUUCUAUCACUUUUGUAUGACAUUUUUCAUUUUAGAGUUUUUUUAGGUGUUAGUUUUAGAUAAGGAAAGCAAUUAUGGAAACUGUAACUUAUCAUUCCAAUAAUGUACAAAGUUGUUGAUGAUUUAUACUUUUAUAUAUUUUGCACCUUUACAUAUUUUAGUGUACCUCAUAUAUUGGUGUUUUUACCACAUUUCUUAUUUUAAAUGUUAAGUGCCAAAGACCUAAUGGAUGUAUAUCAAAACGUCACUAGAUCAAAAAUCUCAUAUUUUUGUCAUUUUGUAGAUUGUUAAUAUUUUAUAAAAGAUAUUUAUAUUCUUGUUAAAACAUAUUGUAUGGUCACAUAUUUAUAUUUAUUGUUAAUAUAUUCAGACUGUAAAUCAAAAUAGUUGUGCUAUGAAUUUAUUUUUUACCUAGUUGGGCAAUCUCUUGCUUGGAUUAGAAGAACUAUAUAUUACCUGAUCAAGCUAUUUUUAAAACAUAUAAAUUGGCUUUGAUGUUUCGAUCUUCAGUCGAUUAAUAUAAUAGCUUAAUAAAGUUACACUACCGAGGGACCGAGCCGUGGCUCGGUUUAGUUUAUUUGGAUUGUAAAAGGAGUAUAAAGGAAACUCACGUUUUAUUUACAACUAAUUUUGGCUUUUAUUAUUUAAGUUUCAGCGGAAUUCAUAUUAUUAAGAUGGACAUUUUAACCUGGCAAUCCACAACACAUUAAUUUAUUUUACAAUCGGCGGUAAAAAUCAAUCGUUCAUACUAGCCUCUACUUGCAUAAACAUUGUUUUAAAGUUUGUUUAAAUUAAAACAGCUGACUGAAAAUUGUUAUUUACAUUCGAAUUUACGGUACAUAAAAUAAAUGCAAUAUUUUAAAAUAUUUAUUUCACUGUUAAACUAAAGUUUCCUAACAAAAUUGCCUUAGUACUUGGGGUAUUACGUUUUGGGAGGAAAGAGUCAAGUAAAAUAAUCAGUAUUUGAUUGGAACUAUUUCCCCUAUAUAUUGAGUAAUCUUCAGUGUAAUCUUUGCUCAAUAGUUACAACUAAUGUUUUCCCUUUGUACUGUAUUUUGUUAUUAGCUAGUAUACUGUGGAUAGCUUGUUAUAAACAGAUGUGACAAGUCUUAUGUUUACUUUUUCCUUGUUAUUUUGUUCAAUCGACAUAGUUACUUGGCAACCCUCAAGGCCAAUGUUAUAUUUUUAAAUUUUCAAAUGAGUUGUGUAGCGAAAUACAAAUUUCCCCCAGGUAGUGGCUGUCACCAAUAACGUUUUAGGGCCAUAAGUCCCUGCUUCCAAAAAUUGAGUUAAAAUUCUUCUGCUGGAUUUUGAGAUAUUACAGAUAGAAAGACAGACAGACGAAUAUACAUACCAAUAAGCGUCUUCAAUUAUGUUCAAUAUUUGAUCAAAUAAAUUCAAUAUUUUGUGGAGUGCUUUAAUAUUUAUGAGAUAAUUAUUUAAAUCUAUGAAAAUUCAGUUUGAUUGCUGUAUAAUUGCUCAUUCAGUGUGUUCCAACCCAAAUACGUAUUUAUUUAUAUUUAUUAGUAUAAGUUAUAGAUAACCUGAAAACUAAUUUUUUAAAUUUUUGGAUUCAAUUUGGUAAAAAUGUGCAUAUCAUACAUUAUUCUAAAUAUUAAUUUAUUUUUUUAUCGUAAAUAUUAUUAUUGUCGGGACCACGUAAGUUUGCAGUUGGUGGCAGCCAAUCACGAGACGAGGCUAGUGCAACAUUGCCACAUCGCCCAAUGACAACACUAAUUAAUAUAUACAAAGCAAUAUUUUCAAAUCAGCUGGUAUUAUUAGAUUUGGCAACACCGCUCCGUUCUCAUUGGUUCAUUCAAAACCAUAUGGUAAAUAGGCUCCUCCCUCAACUGCAAACUUAUGUGGUCCCGACUCUACUGAUUUACCAAAUACUGAAUUAAUAUAAAGGAAAAUGAUAAUGGAAAAAAUAAAAUUAUUCUAACUAUUAAUUUAUUUUUUUAUCGUACUUUUGACAAAAAAACUGAAACCUUGAUGUUUUAGUGCAAGAUGCUUUCAUUCAGUUAAAAAACACUACAAGAAAUAAUAACUCAACUGUUGGGUCAAGUAAAUUAUAUUUUGUAAAUGAGAAUCAAAAUAGUGAUAUUAUUUAUGAAAGUAACAUAGGCCAAAAACAUUAUUUUUUAGAUUAUUUCUAGAAUGAAGCAAUCAAUCAAUCCCAAUAAUUUCAUGCCAUAGUAGUAAAAUGUGGCAUUGAAAUCCUUAACUACCUAUCAUUGAUUAGAAAUAGGUAUGAUUUUUGUUGUAGGUUUGAUCUAAGUGCUAACUAUAAGUCUGAUAUUUUGUACAUGGAUGAGGUUAUACAUUAAAUAGUGUGUGUUUAUACUUGAAUAAACAUAACA